AUGUCAGAGGAGGCCCAGCAUCGCGGGCAUCCGCCGGAACGACGAGAGUCUCCUUCCGGUCGCACUGCCCUGCCCUCCCGUCCCGUGGCCACAACUGUCCACGAUGUAGCGAGAGAUCAGCGGAUAGGUGAGACGUCGCUGCGCCCAGGGAAGCAAGGCAGUCGGCAUCAAUCGAGGAGCGCAUCGCCGUAUUCUGGCGAGAGCGCCACCAUGAUGGAUAUCUCGCCUUCUCCGUCAGCUCCGAGUCCUCAGUCGUCCACUGCUCGAUCGACGAAAAAGGUCAGCCCAUCUCCUGGGGCGAGUGGUCCGACUUCAGGAGGCCAAGUCUGCAGCAACUGUGGAACUACGCGCACACCUCUAUGGCGCAGGUCUCCGCAAGGUGCGACUAUCUGCAACGCCUGCGGUCUGUAUUACAAGGCCAGGAACACAUCGAGGCCUAUCGGUCUCAAGAAGCCACCCAACGUUGUCCAGGAGAAGCCGAGUGGCCAACCCGUUUCCAUAGCGCCCAAGCCGCAAAGCAAUGUGCCUGGCGCCAGGUAUGUCUCGGCUGAGCAGACCCCUACUGGGUCCUGUCCUGGCGGAGGCCAAUGCAAUGGGACUGGCGGUGCCGAAGGCUGCCACGGAUGCCCCGCCUUCAACAACCGUCUCUCAAAGAGUGCGAAUCUCAACGUCGGAAAUCAAAAGUCUGGUGGUGGAUGCCGUGGCAAGGGUACUCCUUCAGACGGAGGCGCUAGCGCCGGCGAUACCAAGGUGGACCACGCGACGGAUCUCACUAGCACCGUCCACACACGCAGCCAGAGUGACGAUUCGACUGUCGUCAUUGCCUGCCAGAACUGCAGCACGACGGUGACGCCACUGUGGAGGAGAGAUGCCAGCGGGCACACCAUCUGCAACGCCUGUGGUCUGUACUAUAAACUCCACGGCGUCCACAGGCCAACGACGAUGAAGAAGGCCACCAUCAAGCGGAGGAAGCGCGUGAUCCCUGCCGGCGAGGAAGAGGAUGGGGAUGAGUCAUCGCAGCCCGGAGACUUGCCGGAACAGUCCGGGACGCCGGCAACCCAGAAGGGCAGCGUGAACGCUGACGGUUCCGUCAGUCUCGGAUCACGGCGUCAACCGCCACCGGAGCCUAUGGCGCUCGAGCCCCGCCCGCCUUCGAUGGGCGACCAGCGCCAGCCAUCACCCAUGUCGGUGACAUCUGACCUGUCAGCAUACCGCCACCAGCCCCUCCGGCCUAGCCACCCGAUGCCGUAUCUCAACGACGACAACCGGCUGCCACCCAUCAGCUCGAUGCACGCGUCGGGUGCCGCAGCCACGGUGGAUAGGCAGUCGUCAACAUCGCCCUCCGGGUCGGCGUAUCUUUCGCCUGGGGCGCGGCGGAAGCGAUCCUUCUCCUAUAGCGAGAAUGAAGGACGGAACCCGUACCCGGCAGAGCCUGAUCAGACGGGAAGCGGCGGCGGCGAUCAUUCGAAACGGCUGUCGUCGAUCGAGUCGAUCCUCAACCCCUCGAGCAGCGCCCGGUACGACGACAUGACCGACUGCUCGCUGCCGCCGCUGCGGUCCCCAGCCGCGACGACGGUCAACUCGGUGCCUAGCCCCGUGGUCCAUUCGCGCGAUCCCACGCCGUCCAUGCCGGAGCCGCAGGGGGGGACGGAGGCGCAGAAGAUGAGCCGUCGUGCGGCUCUGCAGAGGGAGGCAGAGCAGAUACGCGAGACGUUGGCGGCCAAGGAGCGUGAGAUACGAGAUAUGAGGCAGUGA